UCUAUGCUACAUUCUGUUUCCGCCCGGCAUCGACAGGAGACGCAUCGUCAUUGUGGUGAAUUAAAGCUAAUUCGUCUGAAACUCUACAUAUUAAAGCAAAAUGGCUUUACCCCGAGUUUAUUUCGACGUUAGCGCUGAUGGAUCAGCAUUGGGAAGAAUUGUUAUUGAGCUAAGAACAGAUGUCACUCCCAAGACUUGUGAAAACUUCCGCGCCCUCUGCACUGGCGAGAAGGGCUUCGGCUACAAGGGAUCCACUUUCCACCGUGUGAUCCCCAACUUCAUGCUCCAAGGAGGUGACUUCACAAACCACAAUGGUACUGGUGGCAAGUCCAUCUACGGUGAGAAGUUCGGAGACGAGAACUUCGUCCUGAAGCACACCGGACCUGGAGUCCUGUCGAUGGCCAAUGCUGGUCCCAACACCAAUGGAUCCCAGUUCUUCAUCACCACCGUGAAGACUUCUUGGUUGGACGGCAGACACGUUGUCUUUGGCACUGUUGUUGAAGGCAUGGAUGUUGUCAAGCAGGUUGAAUCCUAUGGCUCCCAGUCUGGCAAGACCUCAAAGAAAAUCAUCAUUGCUGACUGCGGUCAACUCUCCUAACUUAAUUCUGUAAUAAUAUAACAAUAUUUUUUAAGUUUAACACUAUGUCCUCCCAAGUAAUACCUUCCCAGUCUUCAAGAGAAUUGAAUAUGGUUCAUUCCAAUUAUGAUAAAACUUAUUGCUAUGUUUUAGGUUGCAACUAGGGAUUGCAUUUAUUUCUGUGCAUUGUUUAUUCAUAAUAAAUUAACUUAUAUAACA